AUGAGUCCCGAGAAAAUAGAAUCUUUCCGUCAAUUUACCGGGGCGGAUGCUGAAACUGCCAGAUCUUUUCUAAACCUUUGUGAAGACAACUUAGAAAUGGCCGUUGGUCUGUACAUGGAUGAUCCGAACUCCUGCAGUUCUAAUACAAAUAUGGCUCCCGUUCUGGAAGAAUAUCGCAGUCCAAUCCCACAACGAACCGAAAGAUUGAUCCCGGUAGAUGUGCCUAUAUGUGAGUAUGCAAGCGCUAAGGGAUAG